AUGGAUGAUGUAAGGAAUUUUUUAGCACAACACCAAACUCUAAUAGCAGGCGUAGCAGUCACAGGUGUAACACUCGUUGUACUUCGACUGUGGGCGGCAGGUGGGAAAUGUUACAGUAAAGCUCGCCUGGAUGGAAAGACGGUUAUCAUCACAGGAUGUAACACGGGGAUAGGGAAGGAGACCGCUAUCGACCUAGCAGGCAGAGGAGCCAGGGUAAUUAUGGCCUGUCGUGACAAGAGUCGGGGUGAGAGGGCGUUGUUAGACGUCGUUGAGAAGACCGGAAGUAAACAGGUCGUCCUAAAGAUUCUCGAUCUGGCCUCAUUGGAGUCCAUCCGAAAAUUUGCCGACGACAUCAAUAAAUCAGAACCCAGAUUGAAUAUUUUAUUGAACAAUGCUGGAGUUAUGAUGUGUCCAUACAUGAAAACUACUGACGGGUUUGAGAUGCAAUUUGGAACAAAUCAUUUAGGACACUUUCUGCUGACGAAUCUACUGCUGGAUAAAAUAAAGAAAUCUGCCCCCGCUAGGAUUAUCAACGUUUCAUCUCUAGCUCAUACAUUCACCGACAAAAUAAAUUUCGAUGACAUCAACAGUGAGAAAAGCUACGGUCGAAUCCCGGCUUACGCACAGAGCAAACUGGCCAAUGUUCUGUUCUCCAGAGAGCUCAGUAAAAGACUCAAAGGUACUGGCGUAACAGUCAACACUGUACACCCGGGUUCUGUCAUUACUGAGUUGGCUAAAUAUAUUCCUGGAUACAGUAUUGUAUGGCCACUUCUCAUUUUCACGAGCAAAACACCAAGAGAAGGAGCGCAGACAAGUAUUUUCUGUGGAGUUGACGAAAGUUUGAACAACGUUACCGGGAAAUAUUUUAGUGACUGCGCUGUAAAGGAGGAAUCAAAAGCAGCUCAAGAUGACGAGGCAGCAAAGAGACUCUGGGAGGUGUCGGCUCAGAUGGUCGGUCUCAAAGAAUGAGAUACUGGAAAGAGUCAACUCAACUGGACAAAUAAGCCGAGA